AAUAUCUAAAACCUAUAAUAACACGUAUUUUAUGAAUGAAAAUAUAUCAAAUACGGUUUUAUAAUUAACUCUAAUAAAGAAGGAAGCAUGGAUUGGAAGCCAACACCAAAUAUCUGCAGGUGCUGUCUCGCCGACGGCUGUUAUAAAAACAUUUCAUCUCCCUACUACUUCUCUGGCGAAAAUGAAGUUUAUGAAGAAAUGCUGAAAGAAACUCUUGAUAUACAGAUUUCUGACCAGUAUAGUGUAAAUCAACUGAUUUGUGAAGACUGCAUUGGCCGGCUUCGAGACGCGAGGGCCUUUAAACAAACUAUACUUCAGAGUGAGGCUACACUGAGUCGGUACACAUUGGAACAUAUUGAAGAUAUCAACAUAAAAGAAGACCUGAAGUUACCGGAUGUGAAGGCAGAGCCACUGACUCUUGAAGCUGAUUGUGUCAGCACUGGAUGCCCCGAGGACAGUCUGGAUGAUGAUGAGAUCCUGGCCAACAUUAAACUGGAGCUUGCAAAAGAUGAAACAAAUUUAGAAGGCACCAGGAAGCCUGCGAGACUCAAACGAAAGGCAAAGACAAAGAAAAAUAGAAUUAAACACGAGAAUACAGACUGUGAUCAGGACAAGUUGAAGGCGUUAGCAGAGCGCCGCGGCACCGGACCGCUGCUUAGAGAGAACUCGCUCAAGUUGCUCGCGAAUUCUACCAUGUGUGUCUUCCAGUGGAACAAGAGCUGGUACCGAUGCUUUUGCUGCAAAGAGCCUUUCCCCGACAUGACCGGCUUAAAACAGCACACAGAAACCACGCACACUCUAGAACAUAUCAAGAAGAAGAUCAUUCUCCAGCAGAACCGACUCGUCAAAGUAGAAGUCUCGGACUUAAGCUGCAAAAUCUGCCAAAAACCUGUAGAAAAUAUACAAAAACUAAAAACACACUUAGAAGAACAUAACCUCAAAAUUGAAGGCGAAGACCUAUUAGUUCCAUUUAAAAUAGAAACUGAUUUAAAAUGCCAGAUAUGCUCGGAAAAAUUCUCUGUUUUUAGAUUAUUAAAUAUGCAUAUGAAUAAACAUUUUCAAAAGCAGGUCUGCCAUAUAUGCGGCGCUGCGUUCUCUAAUUUAGUAUUUUUAAAUUUACACAAAACGCGUUCUCAUAGACCGCUCCAUUGCAAACAUUGCAACGAUGUUUUUUCAAAUAAAAUCGAUAAAAAACAUCACGAGAUUUCAAUUCAUAAUGUAAAAUACGAAAGAAAACUUCGCUUUCCAUGCCCUUAUUGCAAUGAAAGAUUUUUUCAAGAGAAUUUUAAAGUUUUGCAUCUAGUAGAGAAACAUGGGUUACCAAAACCGAAUCAUAAAUGUCUGAUAUGUGAAAAAUCGUUUGUAACUCGAAGUUUAUGUAAUAAUCAUAUGAAAAACGUUCACAUGAAGGAGAAAAAUCACGAAUGCGAAAUUUGCCAUAAUCUUUUUUAUACUAAAUCGGAUGUGACGCGUCAUAGGGUAACCCAUACGGGGGAAAAGCGGUUUUCCUGUAGUUUGUGCAGUAACCCGUUUGCUACUAAGGAUUCUUUGAGGCGGCAUAUGAAGAGGACACAUGUGGGUUUGCAUUAAAUUGUUGAAGUUA